AUGAGCUCGAAUGAUGGCUAUACAUUCACCGUGGGCAAGCUUGAUGCAGGCGUUGCGAUCCUCAUUGGUGAGCGUGCAUCGCUCAUUGAGUUUCCAUCGGUGCUGCUGCCCCGCGGUCUGACGCUCGGAAGCGUGGUCGAUGUGCGUGUCACACGAAACGAGGCGCAGGAGCAAAAGAAACGCGAGGACUUUAUUGGACUGCAGGACGAGAUAUUGCAGACGUAUGGUGUCAAAGCACCCACCGCGCCCGUCAUCCGCCUGCGCGGUGUGACGCAGACGACCAUCGCGAUUGAGUGGGAUGCACUGGACAUUGCACAUGCUGAUCUGCACUCCUUGGACGUUGUGCGCAAUGGCCAGCAGAUUGGAAAGAUUCCCAACCCACGAACGUCACGGUCGACCAAGCUCUCAGGUCUCGAGAUGGAUACCGAGUAUGCCAUCCAGCUCAUUCUGCAUACGUCGGCAGGCUCCUUUACGUCGAAUGAACUGCAUGUCCGGACUCAUACGCUCGACAAUAUGAGCGGUGUAUUUGUGUGUCUCGGAACGAUUCCUGACCAGCGUCUCUACGAUGCUACGAUCCAGGUUGUCGAGUCGCUGGGCGCGCGAUGGAGUACCCAGAUCCAGUUGGAGACAACACAUUUGUUGUGCUCCAUGCUGCCUGAUCCCUCCAACGCGGAGCAGAUGAGGCUGUACGAAAAGGCUGAGCAGCUCACACUCCCGAUUAUCCAGCCUCAUUGGCUCUUUGCCUGCGAAAGCAAGAAGCGUAUGGUCAACGUUUCGCCAUACGUUAUGGACGGCAUGCCGCCCAAUGCCCUCGAGGUGCAGGAGCUUGUUACUCGAAGGCAGAAGCCUGAGCCACCAGUACCCGAAGAUCCCGAGGAGUCCAGGGAACCUGAGGAACCCAGGGCCCCCGAGAAACCGGUGGCUGUGCCAGCCAAGGACGAACUCGAGGCACAGGAAAAGUCGGCGCCCCUGCAAGAUGAUACGGUGCAUGUCUGGCAGUCGGAGCCCAAGGUCUCUGAGACGCCAUCGGAAGCGGAGACACAAGAGGAGCAGGAGCCGGCAGUGUCAGGAGAAGCUCCCGAAACAUCGUCUUCCCAGGAUGCAGCGAAUCCGUCCGAGGCUCGCGACCCUGAUCCUUCACCGCGCCCUGACAACGACAUGGAAAAUAUUGAUCUCGCAUAG